AUGAACGAUUUCUUUGGAACGACGCCGCUUUCGCAGCAGGACUUGCAGGCUAGGCUUGCACAGAGGAGAGGUCAAAAUGGCCGUCUCGCUCGUACUAUGAGCAUGACAAUGCUCCCGCAAAAUACAUCACCGCAGCAGAACAACAAUGGGAUGGGAGUUGGGAACUUAAUGGGUGGUGAUUCGCUGGACGACAUCAUCAUGCAAAAUGAUAUGGAAUUACACCGGCGUCAAAGUAUGCCACAAGGCUAUCAGGAACCGGAUCACAGAUCCUCCAUGAUCGAGUUUGGGUCAGGCGAUGGAACGUUGAACGGUUAUCAAUUUGGCGUACCUACGUCGGCUGCACCCGACCCUCACUUGCGGCGGCAGUCUUCUGGUGAAUUAGAUAUGCGUGGAGCUUACCAGAGCAUGAACUUGGGCAUGGGUUUACCUGAUCAACAGAUGGGGUUUUCGUCGUCAAUGGAGCCAUCGAACUCUUUGAUUCUUGACACGGGUUCUGGACAAUAUGGAAGAAUGUCUGGGGACAUAGGGCAUUUAAUGGGAUACGACGCGCUUGGCCUAGAUGGAAUGUCUGAAGAAGACCAUGCCAUCAGUAUGUUCUCAUCCCCGACCUUCGCUCAAGGAUUUCCGACUGGGAGCAUAGAUGGGCUAUCACACGAUUUCAUGCUGCCUCAUGAAGAAAUUGCACAACCUCAAUUACAGUCGCAAACCAACGGCUUAGACGGCAGCCAGAGUGCCACUAGCAUGAUGCAAAUGCUGUCUGGCAGCACCCCUGGACUAGCAGUUCCGGAUGGGAACAUGGUAACUUCACCUAUCAAGAUGAUGGAUCAAAACAACAACGUAAACUCAUACAAUAACUCUCCUGCAACCAGUAAUGCGCCUACGAUCUCAAGAGCCAAUUCUUCCACUCUAGCGACAGGAGGGGCGGUAUCUACGCCCAAUGGCCCUGCCCCUCCGCCAGUUGCCGCACCAGGGAAGCCAGCACCAAACUACACCGGCGUAUACUCUUCCAGUGGUUUUGAUAUGUUGGGAAUCUUGAUGAAAGUCGCAACGAGAAAGAAUCCAGAAAUUGACAUAGGCAAGGUCGAUAUGUCGUGCGCCUUUGUUGUUUGCGACGUAACCAUGCCUGAUUGUCCGAUAGUGUAUGUAUCUGAUAUAUUUGAACGACUGACGGGAUAUAACAAAUUUGAAGUAACGGGCCAAAAUUGCCGGUUUUUGCAAUCCCCAGAGGGCAAGGUCCAACCUGGACUCAGAAGAGAGUUUGUCGACAACGACUCUGUCUACUACCUCAAAAACAGAAUUGCUGCCAAAAAGGAAGCUCAACGAAGUCUAAUCAAUUACCGCAAGGGUGGCCAACCAUUCAUGAACCUGCUGACUAUGAUUCCCAUUUGUGGAGAAGAUAGUGACGAAAUCAAGUACUUUGUUGGAUUCCAAGUCGAUUUGGUUGAGAAGCCAACUUCUGUCGAGGGUAAAAAUCCUAGCGGUACAUAUACCGUUGAUUAUUGCCAAGGUACCUUACCAAGAUAUAUCUGGACGCCUCCGGAAUCUGCCAAAAAUCAGUCAGAUGCAGGGCAAACAAUUAGCCGUGAUGAUGUGUCAACUGUCCUGAGUUCCAUAAGCACCCAUACUGAGUCUGAAUUGACAAAACGAAUGUGGGACAAGGUAUUACUGGAAAACACUGACGACGUCGUCCAUGUACUUUCAUUGAAAGGACUGUUUUUGUAUCUUUCUCCCUCUUGUCGACACGUUCUCGAAUACGAUUCUUCCGAACUUGUUGGAACAGCAUUGUCAUCGGUUUGUCAUCCCAGCGACAUCGUUCCAGUCACAAGAGAGUUGAAAGAUACAUCUACUGGUGCCUCAGUCAACGUUGUCUUUCGGAUACGACGUAAGAGAAGUGGCUAUACUUGGUUCGAAAGUCAUGGCUCCCUUUGCGUUGAGCAAGGAAAAGGUAGAAAAUGUAUUAUUCUGGUUGGGAGGGAACGACCUGUCUAUGCUUUGGCGCGCCACGAUGUUGAAGCUGCUGGAGGUAUUGGCGAAAGCGAAAUGUGGACAAAAUUGUCAACGUCCGGCAUGUUUCUUUUCGUUUCCUCGAACGUUCGAACACUUUUGGACCGAACACCAGACGACCUGGUGGGGACGAGCAUUCAAGUACUCAUGCGGGAAUCAUCCAGGACCUCAUUUGGUCGAUCGCUGGAGAAGGCAAGACGUGGUCAACGCGUCACUCAUAAACAUGAAAUUUUAAACAAACGUGGUCUCGAAUUGCAGGCGCAAACUACACUUUAUCCUGGCGAUGCGGCAGAGGGAUCGAAACCAACAUUUCUGGUGGCGCAAACACGCUUGUUAAAGUCCCGGAGCGUACUCUCCGCCGCACAUAGCUCUAGCGCGAAGUCCAUUGUCUUGUCGCAAAACCAUUCCGAUCAAUCAAUACCGAUGACACCCUCUGGUGUAUCUUCAUCGCAAGAUCAGGAACCAGGUGCAAUUGGAGUUCCAUUGGGUCCAGUGACUAUCGCUGGUGGUGGUGGACUUGCUAUUGGCAGUCAAGACUCCGCCCUCGCAUCCGAGGACAAUAUAUUCAGUGAGCUUAAGACUACACGAUGCACAAGCUGGCAGUUUGAGCUCCGCGAUAUGGAAAAGAAGAACCGAUCUUUGGCAGAAGAAUUGCAAGCUCUGAUAACAAAUAAGAAGAAACGAAAACGGCGCAAGGGAAUUGGUGGAGGCCAACGGGACUGCGCCAAUUGUCAUACCCGAGUGACACCUGAAUGGCGGAGGGGUCCUAGUGGAAAUAGGGAUUUGUGCAACAGUUGUGGACUGCGUUGGGCAAAACAGACUGGUCGUGUUUCCCCUAGGAAUUCGACUCGAGGAACCGACAAUGGAUCCAAAAACUCUGCAAGUCCGAAAUAUGGUUCUCCGCAGCACAAAAUUAGUCCUCUUCAACAACAGCAGAGCUUAAGCAAUACGCGAAAUCUCAACCCAAACCCGAAAGAGAAUGGAGUAGACAUGAAAGGUGGGCUGGACGAUGGGGGGAUAGAGAAGGGUGCUGCGAAGCCUGAGUUGCUUGGGGGUAGAUCUACGGCUGAUAGUAUGCCUGUCCGUGAACCGAGCUUUGGGUUUAGGGAUGGUGGACAGCGGGGGAUUACCAUGAUUCAAGAGGAAGAUGGCGGGAGUUAA